UUUCAUUACAUUUCACAAUGAACUUGAUUGUCGGUAGUGUUUUUUUUAUUAUAAUAUUGUUAUUUUUACAACUUCCAAAUUUUUUGGGUGGUUCUUAUGUAUGGAACCACGAAUUUCUCAAUUUCACAUAUUUAGACAGAGAUAUCUAUCCGUAUGCCAAAAUAAUAAAUUUCAAACUAAAUAAAACACUGAAAACAUUUAAUCUUACUUGUAAAUUUAACUGCGAUCUUACAAACGAUAUGAGCAGUUAUAUUCAUCUGGAGGGUUACCAAUUUCGAAGUAACGAAUACAGAAUGGGACCAAUUAAUUUCAAUGUUAAAACUUGUAAAUUACUAGGGGAGAGAAGUUACGGAACAACAUUCUUAAUUAAGAAUAGUAAUAUAACAUCUUGUCCUGUUAAAAAGGGGUAUUACCAUUAUUAUAAUUUUGCUUUUGAUUCCGCAUCAGUUCCCCGUUUUGUACCUUCUGGACGCUGGAAGUUUGUAAUACAAUUGUUUAUAAAUGAAAAAAUGGCAGCUCAAUGUGAUUGGUUCGUAAAAAUAGAAAAUUAAGUAGGAUACUUAUAAAUGUUAUAAGA